CUUAUUAUUCCCAUCAAGCACUCCCUCUCUCUCUCUCUCUCUCUCUCUCUCUCAAACCAACUUCUUUCUAUUUCACACAAGAAAAGGUAGUUUUUGAAAUUGUUUUCUUUGUUUUUCUUGCUUGGUAAUUUGGGGUUUGGUCUGAUACCCUAAUAGCUUUAAAAAAAAUUGAUCUUUUGGAUGAUGGAUUGAUUAUUUAUAGUAGCUUAUUGGUGAAGAAAGCUGGGGUUUUUUUUUUAUCUGCUGUUUGUUUUGUUUCUGGUAAAUUAUGGGAAAUUGUUGUUAUAGAAGGGAGCCUUCUGUUUACAAUGAAAAAUCAGAGUCUCCGAGAGACAAAAGUCCAUCAGGAAGACCAACAAAGGAUGAUAGAAAGCUACCUUCAAAUCCAGAAGAAGUAGAGGACCUGCGUCGUGAUUCAGCGGCAAAUCCAUUGAUUGCUUUUACGUUCGCUGAACUAAAAUUAAUCACUGGAAAUUUUAGGCAAGAUCAUUUGCUGGGCGGAGGAGGAUUUGGGAGUGUUUAUAAAGGGCUCAUUACAGAGGAUUUGAGAGAGGGGCUUCAGCCCCUUCAAGUUGCCGUUAAGGUUCAUGAUGGUGAUAAUAGUUACCAGGGCCAUAGAGAAUGGCUGGCAGAAGUCAUAUUCCUGGGGCAGCUUUCUCAUCCAAACCUGGUGAAAUUGAUUGGAUAUUGCUGUGAGGACGAACAACGGGUUCUGAUAUACGAGUAUAUGUCUCGGGGAAGCGUGGAAAACGUCCUGUUCUCAAGAGUAUUGCUUCCUCUUCCAUGGUCAAUUAGAAUGAAGAUUGCAUAUGGUGCAGCAAAAGGACUUGCCUUUCUACAUGAAGCUGAAAAACCUGUCAUCUAUCGCGAUUUUAAGACAUCUAAUAUUCUCUUAGACCAGGACUACAAUGCAAAGCUCUCUGACUUUGGCCUUGCAAAAGAUGGACCUAUAGGAGACAAAACUCAUGUUUCCACUCGCAUAAUGGGGACUUACGGGUAUGCAGCACCUGAAUAUAUAAUGACAGGCCAUUUGACUCCAAGAAGCGAUGUAUACAGUUUUGGUGUUGUUCUUCUUGAACUUCUGACAGGAAGAAAAUCUCUAGACAAAUCACGAACAGCCCGUGAGCAGAACCUAACGGACUGGGCUAUUCCUUUGCUUAAAGAGAAGAAGAAAUUGCUCAACAUCGUGGAUCCUAGAUUAGAAGGAGACUAUCCUAUUAAAGGAGUUCACAAGGCAGCAAUGCUAGCUUAUCAUUGCUUGAACCGAAAUCCGAAAGCAAGGCCUCUAAUGCGAGAUAUCGUUGAUUCCUUGGAACCUUUACAGGAACCUGAAGAUGUUCAGAACGAAAAACCUGUGCUCACUGUGAUUCAUGGCGUCGCAGAUGGCCAGUUAAAGGGAAAAGAAGGUUCAAUGUAACUGAUCGCAUGAGUCCUAAGUCUUUUGAUUUUGCCAAGUUUUUUUCCUCCUGUUUAAGAAGGGAUUUUUUUUUUUUUUUUGCUGCAUUGCAUUGCAAGCUUUUCUUGCGUGCAACUAGAAGAAAAGGUAUGCCUUGACUUUUUUUUCUUAUUUGUUAUGUUCCUUUACUCCUCCCGGGGCCAAACAUGAUUAGUGUGUGUUUGUUUACGCGAUCAACCGCAUAAUAAUUUGAAUCGCGGUUGGCUGGCCGCAGACAAGCCAAUCAGUUGUUAA